AUGCUUGCUAAUAAUCAUUCUCUAAAAAGAUCUCGAGUGGGUGAGAGCCUGAUUGAGCAAGAUGUUUGUGCCUCGUUCGAACAACCUAAGGGUCCGAUCCCACCGCCGAAGGAAAGCUUCUGGGACAUGCUUAAUCGAAAUCGUCCUCAUGUGGAGGUAGUGUCCGAUGAUGAGGAGGGUGGUGAAUUGGAUGACGAUGUCAUUGUGGAUUUUGGGAAACCAAUACCGGAUGUGCAGAUUAAGGAUGAAUUAUAUGCUACAAUGGUCAAAUCAUGGGAAAAUGUCGUGGUUUUCAAAGUGAUGGGUACAAAGUGGUGGGAGGAUGCGGUGAAGGUUCUUGUGGGGGGUCCAUGGGUCGUUUCGAAACAAUAUUCGAAGCUCUAUCUCCAUGUCCAACCAUGGUCUGAUGAUGUUGAUGAAACGAGUGAUAAAAUUACUUCAGUUGUGGCAUGGAUCAGGCUUCCAGGGAUGCCAGUUUGCGCGUAUGGUCAUGCACUGAUGCUUUGUCCAGAAUGUCCAAUGGCUGCGAAAGGGGGAAAGGAUAUUGCUAGGGAGAUGGCAGCGACUAAUGGGGACUUGGAGCUACAAACUAAAAAUGGGAAUGUAACUAGGUCCUCCUCUGUCCAACAGAAGGGUGGUAAGGGAAUUGUAGGAGAUGCUAUGGAUGGGCUGGCAACUGGAAUGGGUAUGAAGGAGAAUGGGCCUAAGCCAGUUGAGAUUAGUAAUGUUUCCUUUGGCAACUCGGUCACUUUUGUUGUCCAAGCACAAUCAACUCUGGAUCCACUUAAGCAUCAAGCAGUGCAUGUACUUAAAAGCCCAAUUUUAAAUAAUAAUAAUGCCAACCAGCCUGAGGGGGUGAACCUUAUUUGGGGGGAUGACAUGUUGUUGGAAUCCAAAAUUCUCCCUCUCAAUCCACUGUUAUCAGGGGUUGAACCUGAGAUAUGGUAA